GUCCUCGUUGUCACCAUAAGUGAAUCCAUGGCUCAAAGGGAUCACAACAUUAAUAUAGAUCUCGGAAAGAUCUUUCGUAUGGGUCUACUGACGGGAACGGGAGGCACCAAACUGGGCAUUGAUGUGCUCAAUGGUUUCGUGAACGUCGGUGUUGACCGUAACAGAUAUCCUGGGUAUUCAAGUAGUAGUGGAUAUCCAAGCAGUGGUGGUGUCACCGGAGGUAACCAUGUCAUUGACAUUGAAGAGGACCCCUAUAUCCGUCCCGUACGGACUGGUAGUAUAAGGGAUAGGAUCCGCAAUAAAUACAUUUACAACAGAAGGGGUGCCACUGAUGUCAAUGUGUCCGUCGGUUAA